AUGAGAUGUGGUUUGCUUGUUUUGAGUAUUGUGCAUAUUUGCGAGAUUGCUCUCCCCGACGACAACUUCGAGAAAUGGAACUAUCUCGAAACUGGUUAUCCCGCCAGCAAGAAGAACCACAUCAAAGAAAGCGAGGGCUUUACUGACACCCACAAAACCGUCGACCCUUUCUUCUUUGUUGUGUUACAACAUAUUGCUUGCGAAGAUCCAACCUCUGAGCUCGAACAUGCAGUCCCCCUAGAGCUGUGGGAAGGCCCAAGAGAAUUGGAGGAGUACGCGCGCGAGGUGUUCCCGCUAGAGGAGCAAGCCAACGGCCUCACAUGGAUGAUCGAGGAGGACGACGGAGGCGGCGGCAAUAAUAUCGACAAUGAUCAAAAUAAUCGCCGCCAGAAGGAGGAGCAUUGCCACCAAAACGGACAUCAAAACGGUCACAAUAGGAUCAAUGGGCAUGUCGAGCACAUUGUUUGAUGUGGCCAUAUAUUUCCACACGAGCGUUUGUUAUAAGCGGAACCCCCAGUAUUAAAUUUUGUUUGAUCAACAUAUGGAUCAAUAGCAUAUGAGCGCCCAAGGCGAGGAGAGC